GACAAACUUCACUUUUUGAAUUUCAAUAAUAACGGUUUUUCAUUUGCAACAGAAAAUAUAAUCAGUUUUUCCCUAUUUCAAACUUUCCAACCCUUAAAAUGUCCUGUUCAAUACCAUUAAUAACAAUAACCGAAGUGCGCCCUUCAUAUUUAUCAUGGUUCGAAGAAAAUCCAGUUAACCUCAUUCAUGCAAAGCUGCCCAGCGUAGCUUCUGCUUCCGAUUCUGAAGUCUCCUUCAAAGAAGAACCUAAAGAAGAAGUCGAUGAUGAUCUGGAUCUCACAGGUGAUCCUCUCAAAGUAGACCUAGGACACGAUGAAUCGCUUCAAGUUUUCCAUAAAGAAACAACCACUCAAAUGUGGUAUUUAGAUGAAGACAAGCACUAUCCUUUGCUUGUGAAAACUGCUAGACACAAGCUAAAUAAAAUUCUCAAAAACCCUGAUUCGAAUCAAGUUCUUUCAACUUACAUUGUAUGUAAUGCGGAUGAUUCUGAAAAAACUGUACUUCUUGGAGGUAACAGUAAAGAUCAAAUGGCUUGCUCGGUUCACAUUUUGGGACAUUUAACUCAAAAGCAAGUGCAGGAAAUACAGUUGAGCGAAGAGGAGGAUUUGAAAGCCAGCUUUGAAGGUGAAAUACAAAUUAAUGAAUAUUUAGAUAAAAUUACUUAUAAUUUGUAUGGUAAAAGUUUAAAGAAUUUCUUCCAUCAGAAUGCUUCAAUGCGUUAUUUAUCUACUAUGCAUGGCAGUAUUGAUAUUGAUGUAAUUUCUUGUAAGAAAAAUUCUCAAAGCAAAGAUGAAGAUAAAAUCAAAGUGCGUUUAGAGAUAGUUGCAGGUCAUGAGCUUUUAAAAUUACACUUUUUAUGGCUUGAAUUGGUUGAAUUACAAAAACUAAGUGAUAUUUUAUCAGACGCUACUGAUGAAGAGAAUGUUAUAUGUGAAGACCCUCUAGAUCAAGACAUAAUCUAUAAAUGUAUAGUAGAAUUUUUAUCGAGUAAACAUUUAAAGCUAGAGAGUGGCAAAGAAGUUGUAGAUUUGAACAAUAUAAGACAGGAAGAUUUGUUAGAUGGAUUAUGGAGGAUUUUGACUCGUUGUGAGAAUGUUUCAGUUCUAAGAGACAGUUUUAUGUUUCUCUUUGAAGAACUAGCUGCUGGAAUUACUAGAAAAAAUUUGCCUAUAAAAGACAAUUGCUCUAAAAUUUCCUUAAUAAUCAAAAACAUAUCUGACGGUAAAAUUGGUGUCCCAGACAUUUCCUUCAUUGAUAGCGUUGAAUUACUUUUCGAAUUGGGAGCUCAAAAAUUGAAAUACGAUUUUGAAGUUAUAUUAGCUCAGUUUACAACUCGCUUUACAAAUAACUCAAACAGUAUUCAAUCAAUUUGGGCUAAAUUUUACGAGCACGGUCAAGAAGAUGUUAAAAUGCUCAGACGAACAAGGGCGACUCGUGGAGUUAAUCAUAUUAAACCAGAAAUUUUAGAUUCGAAAGUUAAGCAGUUGAGUUAUCUUGCUCAACUUUACAUUGCUUCGGAGUUUAUUUAUUUGUUGAAAGAAAAUGUGAAUUUGAUGGACGAAGGCUAUUGGCACAUUUAUGGUUGCAUUGAAAAAGAAUAUAUUUCAAAUUGUAGUCGUAUAAAGGAUUUUAGAGGGAUUUAUGAUAGUCCUUUAGUAGAAAUGUCUAUGGAUUUGAAUGUUAGAAAUGCUCCACUUGUUCUGAAAAGCUUAUGUCCUUCUCGUUGGAUAAUGUCAAUGAAAAUGGGUAAUAAAUCUACAACAGAGACUGUUAUUUAUGAUCUAUGUAACUCGCCAAUUUUUCCUCCACGCAUUUAUGAUUAUGAUGUUCCAAUUUCUGAUUCAGAAAGUAUGGUUUAUUUUGUUACCAAGAUGAGCCGCUCUACAGGAUUAUUUUAGUACCCAAACUAUUCUAUUUUUAUUUUGUUCCUUAUUUUAAAUAAAUAAUUUCAUUUUAUCAGUUAGAGUGAAACCCUAUCCAAACUAAACAAAGACUGGAAAUAAUUGUUUAUUUAUAUAAUUUGAAAUUUGAGCAUGUUUGAACUUUGAAUCUUUCAUGCACACCAUACAUAUGUAUAUGGACAAUCGUUUUCUUAACUACCUAAAUAGCAUGGGUACUUAAAAAAAUUAUUGUUUUAAAAGGAUCUGGCGUGCCCCAAAGUGCUGAGUCCAAACUCCAAAUUUAAUUCUCAAGCAAAAGUUACUUUUGGAAUUCUCAAAGCACUUUCUCAAGAACUAAGAUUAAACUUGAAGUUAUACGAUAUUUGAGUAUACAAAGGAUAAGAUGUGCACCAAAAUACUCGUAGCAUGCAAACAUUUUAAAUUAAACAAUUAUUUUCUAGGAAUUUUGAAAAUAUUCCCUUCAUAAUCAGUCUUCAAUUUGAGAAGCUCCGAUGCAUUUGAAAACAAAAAAAAAGGGAACAUAGGGAAAAUAAAAUUCCUAUUGGGAACCCCGAUAUUCAGAAAUUUUCAAUUAUAAUAAUUUAAAAGAAGGAAAUUUCAUUUUAGCAAGGCGGAGAAUUCUCAAAAUUUUGAUUGCUUGUGGAAAAGUAGUACUUUCCGCACUAGUUAGGAAAUAUACUAUUUCAAGACAUGCAUCAACUACACUCAUCAAAGUAGUCUAGAAACAAGAAAUAUCUGUUUUAAUUUUUAUCUUAUCAAAUUUACCUCAGCUUUUUUUGUGUAUGCUUGUUCAGUUUCAAUAUUUUUUAAAUAACAUCAGCAAAAAAUGUCUUGAUAAGUAUGGGUAUUAUCUUCUUCCAUUUUGAUGUGUUUAAAUAAAAGAUUGUUUCAUAAAAAUUCUUUAUUGUAAUUGAACAAAACUAGUGAAAUUAUCAAAAACUAAAUUAUAAAUUUGUAAUCAGUCUUCAAUUUGAGAAGCUCCGAGCCCUUUGAAAAUAAAAUAUGCAACAUAUUAUUUUAUAAAAAAUCUUUAUUGUAAUGAACACAGAUUUUUACAUUGAAUAAAAGUAUCUAAAUGAAAUUAUCAAAAAAAAAACUAAAUUAUAAAUUGUACAAGGCACACAAGAAACUUCAUAAACAUGUACAACUUUGUCAACCUUUGUCAACUAACAUAAUCAAAAUGUGAAAUUACAAAUUCAUUAUUUAAAAAAAUAAGUUUUCUUUUAGAAAUUAUUUCUAGUGUAUGUAUGUAUCUCAUCAGAAUUUAGUCGCAUAAGUCAUACAGCUAGGGGGCCAUCCUCAAAAAAAAACAUCCACACUUAAAAAAUAAUGCUCCUUAACUACUAACAUUUUAAAUCUAAAUUAAGUCUAUUUUUCAAUGGAUGGUCUAUUUAUGCUGGCUGCGAGUGGCCGGCCCCUUUCUUGCCGAUCAAGGAUUUGUGGAUGUGCGGAAUUACACCACCACCCGCGAUGGUAGCCUUGAUUAAGCUGUCCAAUUCUUCGUCUCCUCUGAUCGCCAACUGUAGAUGGCGAGGGGUGAUUCUCUUCACUUUUAAAUCUUUACUGGCAUU